UGCUCAGGGCAGCCAAUAGGGAUAAAAGCUUACAGACAAAUCUGUCAUGACCUAGUAGUGAAGACUGUUUAAAAACACUGAUCUCCACUUAGCUUGUAAAUGCACAUCACUCUUUCUCACUCAUACAUUCUCUCUCUCUCUCUCUCUCUCUCUAACACACACACACACAUGCUCUUGGAUUUGCAGAAGCCAGACAUCUAGGGCACUUCUUGGCAUCCACAGGAAAAUCAUAUGGGAUUAGACAAACACUGCAGAACUGCUGAAAGCUGCCUCUCGAGGAUUACAACUUCUCCUUUUGCUUUUACAGAUGCUUGUUUACUAUCCAUGUGGCAACCUCUGCACAGCCAGUAAGCCAUUCAUUAUCCUCACUGAUUGAGUGCGAGAGCAGUGCAGUGGUAACUACUUCACUUAGCUGAUGGCAGACGACAAAAGGAGGGAAAUGAUGAAUUCGGACAAUUUAACCUCCCAGAGCUUCCUCUCUGCAAUUCAUAGCAACGCCAGCAAUUUAUUCUCAGGGCUCCAGUUUGUUCAGUCCUUCAAGCCACUCAUCAUCCCCUGCUACUCCCUAGUAGUUUUUAUUGGUGUCAUUGGGAAUUAUCUUCUUAUUUAUGUCAUCUGCAAAACAAAAAAAAUGCACAAUGUGACCAACUUUCUGGUAGGCAAUCUGGCUUUCUCAGACAUGCUCAUGUGUGCAACCUGUGUGCCCCUGACGCUCGCGUAUGCCUUUGAGCCCAGAGGAUGGGUGUACGGACGUUUCAUGUGCUACUUUGUGUUCCUGAUGCAACCUGUCACUGUCUUUGUCUCUGUCUUCACCUUGACUGUCAUAGCUGUGGAUAGGUAUUACGCCAUGGUGUACCCCUUCAGGAGGAGGCUCACUAUCCCUGUUUGUGCCUAUAUCCUGGCUGCCAUUUGGCUGCUGAGCUGCACCUUGGCUGCCCCAGCCUUGGUCCACACUUAUCAUGCAGAAUUCCCAGAGCUGGACUUCUCCAUCUGUGAGGAGUUUUGGUUCCACAUGAAAAGAGAUCGCUUGGCUUAUGCUUACAGCACUCUCAUCAUCACCUACGUGCUGCCUUUGGCCGUCAUCUCCUUGUCCUACCUGAGAAUCUCAGUCAAGCUGAAAAACCGAGUGGUCCCAGGAAACGUCACCCAGGGCCAAGCUGAAUGGGACCGGGCAAGAAGGAGAAAGACUUUCCGCUUGCUUGUCUUGGUGGUGGCAGCCUUUGGAGUCUGUUGGCUGCCUCUGCACAUCUUCAACAUGAUAAAGGACAUAGAUAUCAGUUUAAUUGACAAGCAGUACUUCAAUUUCAUCCAGCUGCUGUGCCACUGGUUUGCCAUGAUGUCUGCUUGCACCAAUGCCUUCCUCUACGCCUGGCUCCAUGACAGCUUUAGGGGGGAGCUGAAGAAAAUGUUUGCCUGGAGAAAGAAGAAAAUUGGGCCCGCUACAAAUUGCAUUAUGGCCAGUGUGGUGCUGUAAACACAACAGCUGGUGGGAGUGCACUUCCUGCAACACUGAAACACAAAAGAGCGGGAGGAGACGGCUCUAAUUCCAGCAUGUAUUUUUCCUACAAUUCCUACGUUUCCAUUUGGCACUGGUUACACUCAGCAGUGAGCAGGGCUGUGGGGAGCAGCUUGGUGCUUUGCAAAGGAGUUUUACCCUCUCCGCCAAUUACAACUUUUGGUUUCCAGAUAGGUUGCUACAAUGGCACAGUGGCAGCAGGAGGGGUUUUGGCUCUGGUGAUGUGCUCGGUGCUGAGGACAGAUUCUGCACAGCUGGGGAUCCCAGUGUCAGGGGAUCACAUCUGGCAGCAGCUGGUGAUGUGAUGCUGUGCAGCAGAAGGGCUUGCAUCUAUAUGAGGUGGCCCCACUCUCUCUGUGGCUUCUUAGCCACAGUGAGCUGUGUUCAGUUGCCCCCAUCGUGCCCACAAUAAGAGAGGUGAACUCCCUAGAAGACAUGUGGCAGUGGAAGAAAAUAGCAGCUUUGGCUCAUGGUCAAAGGUUAUAGCACAUUCUACUUCUCCAGCUUGUGUAACCAGCUGGAUUUAAGAGGUAACAGAGAAGCAGUGCACUGUGCUGUGCAGCAUCUUUUCUUUAGGGAUUGCAGAGGCAAAAAUAAAAAGUACCCAUCCAAAGGUUACGUCUGAAACCAGACAGGGGCUACAUUUCUGUAUGAGUGCAGAAAGAACUACUCAAGCCUUCUGGUGAGCAUGGUCCCUCACUUGCAGUGGGCCUUACUGCAUUACUCCUUGCAUCCCUCAGCAAUAUGACAAGUCUAAAUAAAGGUAAGUCAAGUAUAUAUGCACAGCCCCAGAACUGCCUGCAUUUGGUCCAGAAAUGGCUGAGUUGUGGGGGAAGAAUCUUGUAUUAAAAUGGCUGGAAAGUUGGGCUGAAGUUCUGAGUGUUCAGCCAACUUACUACUUAGCAAUGGCGCCUGUGGAAAUUGCAUACAGAUCUGGUAGCAUUGAGAUGAAAGCAAUCCAAAUGUGAAAGAGUUAUUUAUAAGCUACACUGCUAAUUAAAGUUACUUUCUGAGUAACUAUUUAUACACCCUACUUUGAAUCAUUGAAAAGAAAAACCCUCAACAUUCAGCUUUGGAACGAUUUCCUUGCAAUUAUUAGAUCCCUUUAAAAUUCAGCAUCUGUUGUUAAUAUGCAUAACUUAGAAAAAUUAAAAAUUGAUUUGAAACCAUCUGAAGGACUAGAAACAGCAUAUGGCAGACCUGCUUAAUCUUAGCAAAGUCAAUAAUAUUUUCAUUAUGAAUCACUUCUUCAUUAAAACAUGUAUUCACGUCUGUUGUAUAAAAUACUGUUUAUUUGUUAAAACCUGUAGUACAACCCUUGCAAUUGUUGUCAGUCACAAUUAAUGGCAAACAGGUUUGAUAGUGCUUCUUCUUGGAAGACUGCUACAAACUGAGGACAGAUGAAAUGCAAACCAUCAACCAAUGUCAAAAUUUGACAACGCCAAACCAAGUUCUAUCAGUAUCACCAAUAAGAUGCAGGGAGACUUGGAGAGCCCACUUGUACCUAUCAAGUUCUUGGAGGUGUUCAGGAGGCACAUAGUGGUUAGUGGGCAUGGUGGAGAUAGGUUGGUGGUUUAACUAGAUGACCUGAAUGGCCUUUUCCAACCUUAACGAUUCUAUGAUUCUAAAAAUGGUUUGCUUUCUUUCUGAGACAUUGUACAAAGUGCUGUUCAAAUCCUUUUCAUAAUAAAAGUAAUAUAUAUAUAUACAUAUAUUACACAGUGUCUUCAUGUUCUCACCGUCCUUAAAAUUGUUCCUUUAUUGCAAAAUCAAGAAAAAAGUUUUCCCAUGGGGCAGUUUCAAAUGGCACUACCUGUAUGUGCUGUUGAUGAGGGUAAGGUGAGCACAUAAGAGAUAGCUCAGACUUCAGAAGAGGAAUUAAAAGCCAGAUUGCCCACAUUCUGAAGUCACUAAAUUGCUGGAGGAAUGUGGUUAUGAACUCAAAAUGUGUCUUUUAGUUGCUUACUGAGAUGAUUUACCCUUUUUGCCCCACAUAUUCUGCUUGAGUCCCAGGCUAUUAAUUCUCAUACAGAGACAUCUCUCUGCACUCAGACUCCGAGAUCAACUUUAAAGCCACAUCUUUAGUUUCAACCUCAGUGAAAGCUGUCAUUUGGCUUAGUUCAGUGAACAACUUAUUCUGCACAUUAGCAUUCAACAUUUUGGGUGAAAUUUUCUCCCAGUGCACUGUACAAACUGCCAUUCUGUUAUAUUGCUUGUUCUCCUUUGCAUUGAGCCAAAUGGUCUUAAUAAGUUUAAAUGUAAUUUGUGGGUUUAGCUCAGAUCUGCUUUGUAAGAAUUUGAACAGAAAUAACACAGUAACUAUUGGCUCUGGGUUAAAUAGCUUUUCUAGAUGUGUGAAAUGUAUUAUCAAGUUAAACAAAGCAAAGCAAUGUACAUUAAAGGAAUCAAUCAUCAUUAAAGAAUAAACAGUUCUUAAAAUGCCACAAUUCCUGGGGACUGAGUCACCUGUAAAAGAGGUAGAAGGUAUUUCACUUCCAUGGGUCAAACGUUAAAGCAUUUGAUAGCUUUUUAUAUUACU